AUGAACAGAUAUAAGCAACAAUCAUUAGCUGAAUCUAAACUCCAACGGUUAGUGGAACUUAACCAAAGACUUCGUAGGGAACUAGAUCAUCCACGAAUACGUGUUAGCGAAGCUAGCAAUAGGAAUACUAGAGAUUUCUUGGUUCCAUCAGUUUGGGGGUCUGUCGAUAGGCGUGAUGACCCAUAUGCAUCAUCAAAUAUUUUCAAUAAUACAAAUUUUUUGCCACCUUUUGACAAUAAAGAUAGUAAUAGUAUUAUUGAUAUAAACCUUUGUUUAUCAUAUUUCAACCUGAUAGAUAAUGAUAUUGUUAUAAAUACAGAUCUUCUAAUGUUUACUGAAUAUAACAAUAAUCAUCUAUUAUUUUCCAAAUAUGGUGAUAAUUCUUUGUUUGAGGACAAAGAUACAAGCAGCUCAUUACUUUUUGGAAAUGUCAAUAAUCAUAAUAAAAUAGAU